GGAAGUCCCCUCUGAAAGUUCUAAGGGAAGCUGCUUGGUCAACUCUUAUUCAAAACUUUAGACUGACUUAUUUAACUACAGUUUUACGCCGUGAACAUACAACCAUCUAACUAAUACUAUUCGUGCAUGUUAUGCUGCUACCAGACUAGUGUAAAGUAACUUUAUAAGUUACUCAUGGCAUCAUUUUGGGCGAGACAGCAGUAAUUAGCAGCGCCCUGUUGAUCAGAUCAGGCAGAGGUCGCAGAAGUGCAGUUUAAGCGGUUGGGCUCAGGACUAUAAGAUGACGGAGUAUAAGUUGGUUGUUGUGGGAGCAGGUGGUGUUGGGAAGAGCGCUUUGACCAUUCAGCUCAUUCAGAAUCACUUUGUGGAUGAAUAUGACCCCACUAUUGAGGACUCUUACAGGAAGCAGGUGGUCAUUGAUGGUGAGACGUGUCUGCUGGACAUCCUGGACACUGCAGGUCAGGAGGAGUACAGUGCAAUGAGGGACCAGUACAUGAGGACAGGAGAGGGCUUCCUCUGCGUCUUCGCCAUAAACAACAGCAAAUCCUUUGCCGAUGUGCAUUUGUACAGAGAGCAGAUCAAGCGAGUGAAGGAUUCCGAUGACGUCCCCAUGGUCCUAGUUGGGAACAAGUGUGAUUUGGCCAGAACGGUGGACACCAAGCAAGCUCAGGAACUUGCCCGAAGCUAUGGUAUAGAGUUUGUAGAAACGUCUGCCAAGACCAGACAGGGAGUUGAGGAUGCUUUCUACACCCUUGUUCGUGAGAUUCGGCAUUAUCGCAUGAAAAAACUUAACAGCAGAGAGGACAGGAAACAGGGCUGCCUAGGCGUCUCUUGUGAAGUCAUGUGACAGCAAUGCCUCGCCCCUCUGUUUUCUUUUAAGCAGUUUGUUGACCAGGCAGCUGGAAGUUUUACCAACACUCGAGGACAGAUGAUUUUAAGUGGUCAAUCUCAGGUUGUGUUCUUGCUCGUUAACCCUGAGAUUGAUCUCUGUAAUGAGUGUCUGCAGAGUGGGCCCCCUGCUGGCUGAAAGGAAUUAAUGCACAACUGGUCAGCUUUCUGUUUACCUGUUGGGAGGCUGUGAUAGAAAAGUGAGGCCAUUAAAGGGACAUUUAGAUGUUACCAUUUUUACCAAGGUUUGUUUAUCUCACUGAGUAAAAAAAAAAAAAAAAAAAAGAAGUUAAAUGGGCAAUUGAAUUAGGCAUUGAAUUAUUUUUCCUUGUCUUCUGGGCCCUUUUGAAGACAAUAGUAUACCUACUAUACAGGCACGCUACUGUUUGUAUUAGUAACAGUUUUGUAUGUAUCAAUUUCUUUUUUCUGAAAUCACCUAAAAUCAUCGCAAAUUCACCUAACUGUACAACUAAUUCAUAAAGAUCAUUAUUAUUGUUCUCAUGAAUCUCAUAAAAAAAAAAAAACUUUCAUUGUGACAUGAUUGUAUGAUAAUUAACGUUCCCCUGAGGCCCAAAAAUUUUCAUUACUGGCAAGUUUUAUUUUUGAGUUUUUUUGGUACAUUUGGUGAUGCCCAUUAUUCUCAAUGGUGAUUCUCAUUACUGUAAUACAGCAAUUUUUGUAACAAGAAUUCAAACAUGAAUGGAUCUUUAUUUACUCUUUAAGAGCUUUCAGUGAAGAGAAAGAACUGUAAAUUGGCUUAAAAUUUAUAUACUGUAUGAUUAUCACCAUAAUCUAUAUCUAGAUAUGGAAGCUGUUAUCUUAAAUUCUGUUUUAAGGGUUUAGUAAUCUCUGGCCUGAUGUUGUAAAGGGCUCAGAAUCAAGAAAAUUAAAAGCCCUUUAAUCUUAAUCUGCAGGUUCAAUGCUCAGGAAUACUGUGAAAGCACACUCACUUAAGGAAUGUGUGGGGUUAUUUCUCUUUAUUUCUUAACACCCCUCCCCUCCUCUUUUUUUUGUUUUUUUUUUUUUGUGCCAUUUUCUCAUUUCUUUUUUCCCUCUGGUCUCAGAUGUCGAUUGUAUAUUUUGACAAUUAUUUGGUUAAGAAAGAGAAAAGUCGAUUGCAUUUUAAGCAUGAGGUAUGAUGGAUUUGACUUAAAGGGCCUUUUGAAUCAUGGUGCUGCUGGUGAACUUGCCAAAUCUGUGUGCCUCCUGUACAGCAUGACAUCCUUUAGCCCUUGAAGUAAUGUCUUAAAUUGUCAAAUGAAAGCUGUAAAAUAAGAUUUAUUUUGUUGGGAUUGUUUAACAGAUUAUCGUACAGUUUGCAGAGAAAGAUACAUUUUCUAGCAAUGGCUUUGCCUGGAAUUGAAGAACUUAAAGCUUAAUUGGCUCUCAAGAAGAGCAAAUAUCUUUGAUCAGUAAGUUGAAAUGAUUAUUCAUGUUCUUGACCCUCGUGUUAUUUAUAUGGCAUUUGUCUGAAAUGGUCUGAUUUCAUCAAGAAUGUAAUCUUUGGGUUUGCGUUUCGCCUUCUGUCCUAGCACUAAAAGGGUCAGGAUGUUUUCUAGCAAACAAACUAAAUUUGCCAUUACAUUAACUAUCCUUUUUUUGACUUAUGAUUUAUUAUGUAUUUUGCAGGGUUAACACAAUUUAUUGGUAUCACAGACUUUACCUAAUCAGAUGAAAAAUGUACAUUUCAUGUUUAUUUUUGAGGGGGAUAUUCCUAUGUAACAGAUGUUUAAUGUGCCUAUCGUAUUACAAAAUGUUUUAUCAGUAAAUUAGUUGGAAACUGGAUAAAUUGUGUGGAUCUGUGUGUGUGUGUGUGUGUGUGGUCAUUUGGGCUAUACAUAUGUACAUUCAUGCAUGCUUAUGUGAGUAUGCUUACAUAACAUCCCUCACUCUGCUUUCCCAUGUGUGUGCUUGUCACUUGAACUUGUCUGUCUGUGAAAACCUAAAAUAGAGUUGAGUAUACACGACCUCGAGUGUCAACUCAUAUCCAAUGUGGGUACACGGCUCUGGUUACAGUGGGCAAGCAAUGCUUUAUACUGCACUGGCGUAGUGGCCAACUGCACACUUCCCCACUACCGAGGAACAGUGUCGGACCUGCCAGCAUUCUACAGGAAGAGUGAUAGUGUCAGAGACAAGCAGCCAAUAUGCCCAAAGUCGCUUUACCCGGUGAGUGCCCAGUCAUCACCUGAAUCAUUAUACAAAGACAAGAUUUGGUCCUUUUUUUUUUUUUCUUUUCUUCUUUUUUUUUUUACAUCACUUAUAUGUUAUUGUUUUUUUGUUUUUUUUAUCUCACAUAUAACAGGAAACCUAAAAAGGCACAUAUAAUGACUGAUUUAAUGUGUAUACAAAGCUAUCAGAAGAAUGUUUUCAUUUGUUUGGGUCAUAUUAAAGGGAUAGUUCACUUAAAAAUAAAAAUUAUCUCAUUUAUUCACCCUAAUGCCAUCCCAGUUGUGUAUGAUGUUCUUUCUUCUGCUGAACAUUUUAGAAGAAUAUUUCAUCUCUGUAGGUCCAUACAAUGCAAGUGAAUGUUGGCCAGAACUUUGAAGAUCCAAAAAGCACAUAGAGACAGCAUAAAAGUAAUCUAUACAAGUCCAGUUGUAUGGACUUGUGAAAGUGGACAUUUAUAGUAAAAAAAAAAAGUACUUAAAUAUUGAUCUGUUUCUCCCCCACACCUGUCAUUUCAUUUCUGAAGAUAUUGAUUUAACCACUGGAGUCAUAUGGAUUACUUUUACGCUGCCUUUUUUAUGCUUUUUGGACCUUCAAAGUUCUGCCCACCAUUUGAUGGUCACUGGCAUUGAAUGGACCUACAGAGCUGAGAUAUUCUUCUAAAAAUCUUUGUGUUCAGCAAAAGAAAUAAAGUUACAUCUGGGAUGGCAUGAGGGCAAGUAAAUGAUGAGGGGACUUUCAUUUUUGGAUGAACUAUCCCUUUAAGAAAGCUUUAAGGGGAUUUGACAUUUGUACAUGUUUCAUAAGUUAUGGGAAAUUAUCUGUUGAUUUUAAAUAGCACCAUGGUCUCUGGCAUCAGCUGUAAUCUAGGAACGGGAGUGUCAUAGAAGCAUAUUUUUACAAGAAAUACAGUAGCCAAAGUCAGGUUAUUUCAACAACUGUUUCACACUGAUGUUCUUUGCAGCUGUAGCACUGUGGAAGAUUGAUCGAUAUAUGAAUCUAUGAGUCUUAUGAGUUAUGACUUAUUUUUUUACAGUAGAUGGAGGGUUGCUUUAAAAUGCAAGAGACACUCUUGCUAGUCAGCGGAUUCUAGUUGCUCAAGUGUCUGGACAUGCCAUAACUCACCUAAAGUUUAUUUUUACAUCAUAAAUUUUUGUCCAAAUUCAGCUUGUCCAGAACAGCUGAACUGUUUUCAGACCUGAUGCAUUUGAAUUAAAACUUCUUUUUUCUUCAGAGCAAAAUAAUCUAUUCAAUUUCAGCCUCACAUUUAUCGACAGACAGAGAGCUUGCAGACAUGGCACUUUCCACGUGCAGGCUAAGAAUAAUAUGAAUUUUAAUUGGCAGACUUUGACGUCUUUUAUAUCACCAGGUUUUCGUAAUGAUCAGAAAUAGAAACACUCAGGGUGUGCAGGGUAGGGACAGCCGUUUACUGAUGGAACUCCAGAAGAGGAUUCACUGAGAGGGAAAGACAGCAGGGGAAUAUAGAGUAUCAGGCUGUUAGAAACGCAUAGCUAAUUAUUUUCUCAUGGUGUGUUAAAUCUAAUACUCUAGUUAAAAUUCUAAAAUGGAUGUGUUGCAUUCAAAUCAUUGUAAAAGUCUGAUGUAAAAGAACACUUUUGUCUGCACAUUCUAUUUUUAGAAUAGUUAUAGUUAGAAUAGUUAAGUCAUGGUCACACUAGGCUUUUAUCAUGAGAAAUUAUUUCGGAUACUGCAAUGGAUUGUUAUUUAAUAAAUAAAUAAUAUUCAAAAUGUUAAAAUAUACCAUCUGGGGCCUGGGUAGCUCAGCGAGUAUUGACGCUGACUACCACCCCUGGAGUCGUGAGUUCGAAUCCAGGAUGUGCUGAGUGACUCCAGCCAGGUCUCCUCUAAGCAACCAAAUUGGCCCGGUUGCUAGGGAGGGUAGAGUCACGGGGUAAACUCCUCGUGGUCGCGAUUAGUGGUUCUCACUCUCAAUGGGGCGCGUGGUAAGUUGUGCGUGGAUUGCGGAGAGUAGCAUGAGCCUCCACAUGUAGAGUCUCCGCGGUGUCAUGCCCAACAAACCAUGUGAUAACAUUCAUGGAUUGACUUGUCUCAGAAGUGGAGGCAACUGAGACUUGUCCUCCGCCACCCAGAUUGAGGUAACCGCGCCACCACGAGGACCUACUAAGAAGUGGGAAUUGGGCAUUCCAAAUUGGGAGAAAAGGGGAUAAAAAAAAUACAAAUAAAAAUACACCAUCCACUCACUUUCCUGCAACAAUAAAUACAUGCAGCUUUGAAAUAUGUAUACAUUUCACAGGUCCAACAUGAUCACUUGGGAGGUCGGCAUGUUGUUUCCAAUAGUUCCGAUACACUAGGAUCAGCGGCAUUAUGUCGACUCACGGACCACCGUCAUGUCCUCACAGACAUGUCUGCAACGGCUCAAGCUCAAUUGCUUUCCCAUGUGGCGCACCCAGAAGCGUGUCGCAUCUGGAUGCGCGUCACGUCAGCGGGGAACACCGUGGAUGGAAUCCUGUUGUGACCAGGGAGUAAUCACGAUUGCAUAAUCAGUGACGGCCGCGCUGCGGACGUUGCAUUUUCGCAUCUAACGUUACAUUUUUCAUACACUAAUGGUUAAGGUUAGGUAUAGGUUUGGGCUGGGUAAAACAGGCAUUCCUCAUAUGUGCCUGUACAGCACAAAACAACUCGCUUCAUGGACAUUACACCCACAAAAUGCUGCUCCCAUGUGACCAUACGCCCAAGAACACUUACCGCUUUGGCCACAUGGGGCAGUGUUCCGAAUUUCGGUAAGUAUACGGCGAUUUUGGAUAAAGAAAAGUCGACCUACUCUUUCCGAUCUCACUGUGAGAUCAGUCUGGCGGGUCAGAGUUCCACCAGAGCGGAAUGUCAAAUUUCUUCGCAUGAGCUUGCGUUUCCGUUCUUCCACUUUUGGAUACAUUUGAAUGGAGUGUGACAUGUAGUGUGACCGUACAAUAGGCUAUUACUUGACGGAAGAAGUGUUUAUUCUGAUUAUUAUUGUCAAUAAAUGUAACUACAUUUUGAACAUUGGUGACUUUUAUCAUAUUGCUGUUGCUGUUGUUUUGUAAAUGCAUUUAUUCCAUUGUAUCUAAGAACACCCGUUACCCAUGGUAAAAUCACUGCAACGCAUGAUGUAGAGUUGCUUAUUGUAUUAAUAGCUUCCCUUUACGUCUUGAUUUAACUGAUGAUUUUUACUCUUCGCUGGCCUCCCUUACAAAAAAUCUAGAGUACUGGCAGUCUAGCCGCAAACUUUCCACAAAUUUCCCAUUCCUUAUUUUCACUUGCAAAUGAGCUUGUGAUUCACUGAAAAUGUUUGCCAGAAGUUUGCAGCUUUUCAACGGUAGUGAUGAACCUACAGCAAACCUUUGGCAACAAUGGACAAUUUGCUGUAAGUUUGCCGCAAAGCUCAUUUGCAUUUGUGAAAAUAAUCAGUGGCGAAUUUGCCAUGAACUAUCGAUUUUCGUAAGAUUGCAAACAAAGUGGCUAUUAAGUGCAAGAAAUUACUUUUUUUGUAAUUAUAAUUUCAUAGCAAUGGCUUUUUAAAUUGAAAACCAAGGUUUUGUGGUCAGUGUGUGUUAUUUUCAUUUUGUGAUAAUCACUUUUUGUUUGUCCCCCCUACAUGAAACAUGUCCUAUAUCUGAUGGGUACAUUUUACUAACCCAACAGAGGAGAAGCGUAAGUAUUCAGAAGGAAUUGUAGGCGGGUGAUUGCUUGAGUUAUGGGAAGGGUGGAUGAGCAUGAACUGGUAGAUGUGGAAACCUCCAAUAGAUGCGAUACCCAAAAGAUUGCCCGUUGAAGGUGUGAAUUUAAAUAGAAUUUGGGAGAGGAAGGGUGUGGGCUAAGGGAUGCUCCAGGGGGCAAUUAACCUAAUUUUUUAUUAUUGUUUAUUACAAAUAAAAACAAAAAACAUUUUUAUUGUUUAGUGUUCACUAUCCAUGAAUUAAACCAAAAAGCACAUUCCUGUCACUAUUCUUUUUGGAAUAGUCAUGAAAGUGAACACAAAACAAAUAAAUGUUUGUUUUUCUGUGGGAAGAACAGAUUGUGAUUGUGUUCUUUCAAGGAUGUUGGAAUCUUAGGUUUGUGAAAAAGUCACAAUGAGCAUGACUUGCUGAUGUUUGAUUGAAUUUCUCUUUCUGUUGUUCCAUAAAUUGACCACACACAUUACACUUCAUUAUGGGCCUGCAAAAAUCUUUUCCCACCAUAACCAAUUGCAAUAUAAAAUACUUUCUACUGCACCCCUGUAUAUGAUUUCCGUACAUAUUCACAUUAUUUUAUUUUAAAAAUGAAUGAACCUUUUUUAUACAUGUUGCUCAAAAAUAUCUCAAGUGUGAAUAUUGUUGUUUAUAUUGUUCUUUUAAUUUAACUGUUCCUUUGUUAAACAUUCUUAAUCCUGGAUGUAUGCAAUACCCCAUUUUGCAUUGUCUCAGACAAGAGAGGAAAGCCCAUGUUCAUUUGAUAUUACAGAAUUGUUGCUGUUCUGGUGGCAUGUGUGAUAACUCAAAUGUGCAUAACAGCUCUAAUGAGUUGUUUACUAACUCAGUCUAAACUAUAACUUCCUUUUCUUUUCAAUGUUUUGGAUCUUCCCUGCCCACUCUGGGGAAAUGAAUAAU